CUACCCGCUCUUCCACUGAGGAGUUUUGUGGUUCCUACACCAGCGACUAACACAGCUUCCGCAUCCCCACCCAUGAUGCCUGCAUCUCCUCCAUUAAGCCCAAGGGUGUCCUGCUGUGAAACCGGCUGAAGUUCAAUCAGCUACUUUCUCCUCUCUUCGACCGGGUAGCAGCUACCGACCAUCUAACUCAUCUCUUCCUCCAAGAGUCAGGGCAGAGCCUACAUUCCCUUCAUCAGCGGGUACCCCACCUUUCAUGGCUGCGUCUGCUGGAAUCACCUCGCAGAUGUAUUAUGCAGGUUCUCCUUCACCUCUUUCUUCACCUCCGCUCUCCCAGCGUUUUCGGGGCCCAUCAGUGCUAUCCGCAUCAUCAACUGGCAGUCGUCCUGCAGAGUUUAGACCCCAGCUAUCUCCAGAUGUAUCCCCUACACUGCAAGGACAGGCUCCUUACCAAUCGCCGCGUGAAACCUUCCAGCCUCCCACAGAGUUCAGACCCCAGCUAUCUCCGGCCGUAUCCCAUACACUGCAAGGAUACCCACAGGCUCCUUACCAGUCAUCCCAAAGCUUUCAACCACAGGCCUUUCCGCCGCCCCCACCUCAAGAUGCAAGAGCAAUAACUGCACCUACUCAACCACUUCAAUCUAGCAGGAGACUUGGAAUAAAUAUCGCGACAGGUCUCGCGGCGGGAGGUGUUCUUGGUCUGCUUGGCGGGGCUGUGCUCGCUGAGACACUCGAUGGUGGCGAAAUUGUUGACGAUAUCACUGGAAGUAUGAAUGGGAUGACGUUUGGAAAUCCUGCAGAUAGUGUGUUCGACCCCAAUAUGGGUACUAGUAAUAUUCUAGGGAACAGAUUCGACCCUACGGCGAUCUUUCAAGGAAAUCAAACGUUCGAUGGGGACUCCUUGGGCCAAACAUACAACGUGUCUGAUCAGACCACAGUGAACGGAGUAGACUUCAGCCAAUUCCAAGGACAGAUAUUUGACGCAUCUCAGUUACAGCAGCAGCCAAAUAACCAGAGUAAUCAAAGCAGCGGCACGCACUAUCUGCAUGAUGCAGGAAAGCUCCUGCAAGCCGCUUACAAGAUGUAUAACACCUCGCAUAAGACUGAUGCAACUCAGGGUUCACAGACAACAGCUCCGCCGCAACAAACCUUGGCAUCCACGAUGUCCGGCAUCUCAAAUAUUGGUCCUAAUUCGCCGCCGAUAGAACACACACACACAAGCUACCCCAGCCCGACCCAGCAAACCGGACAACCCAUGUACCCCAUGGCAUCUCAAACCGCUCAACUACCCACUGCCACAGCGUUCUCACAGCAUCUUCCUUCUUUCAAUCCUGCCUCUCAGCAGGGCACACAUUCUCAUCAUCACGCGUCCUCACAUCAUCACACAUCCUCACAUCCUCACCAUCACACGUCCUCACAAAGCUUUCAUACAUCUCACACCCAGAGCCCGUAUACGAAUCAUGUUACUUACCCCUCCUCCGGGGCUGCCACUCAUACCAUGUACUCGCAGGGUCAGCCAAUACCAGCCCAGCAUGUUGUGAACCACGGUCACGGCACCGCCCCUCACCACGCUUAUUCACCCCAAUCCCAGGCGGGACCCUCCGUUCAUCCCAUACAACAUCAUGGUCCAGGAAACACGCAACAACAGCCUCCGAAUAAUAAUCUAGACAAAACUAUGCUUGCGAAAAAAUUCGUCAAGGGCGCGUUGAUGGCUGGUGGCGUUCUCGCAAAAUAUAACCGUCUGAGUGGAGGCAAUGGAUUUGUGGGAAAUUCAUGAGAUGGCCAAAAUAAUGGAGGAUUUUUGUAGCUGCUAGCCCUAUGCUGUUCACCAUGCGAAUUCUGUACUCGAUUAUAUGAUAUCA